GGGUUCUGAGUCUGAGGAUAUAAGAAGAGCUGCGCAAUGACAACAGUAGAACAGAAAUACGUACAGAGCCCACAUCGCGUUGAGGAGAAGGACUCACAUCAACUCCUCCGACGCGUCUCUUCUUUCCAUUGAACUCAACCCCCGUCGCAGCAGGAUGCCUUUCCUCGGACAGGACUGGAGGUCACCGGGUCAGAGUUGGGUUAAAACCGAGGAGGGGUGGAAAAAGACAAUAGCAGACGAGAAAAACAACAACAACAACAACAACAUCAUCUCCGUGGAGAGCUUCUGUGAGGAAGAGGAGGAGGAGGAGGAGGGGGAGAAGGAGGAGUGUUUCAACAAGGAGAACCUGCUGCUCUCUCUUAACUAUGACAUGUCUGCCAAGAAGAGGAAAAAAGACCAAAUGAACAACAACACCAAGGUCCCCUAUUUCCACAGGGAAAAGUGGAUUUAUGUUCAUAAAGGGAGCACCAAGGAGCGCCACGGAUAUUGUACAUUGGGAGAGGCAUUCAACCGCCUGGAUUUCUGCAGCGCCAUCAAGGAGACGAGGAGAUUCAAUUACGUCGUCAGACUCCUGGAGCUUAUCGCCAAGUCCCAGCUCCCCUCGCUGAGCGGAGUGGCGCAGAAGAACUACAUGAAUAUUCUGGAGAGGGUGGUACAGAAAGUUCUCGAUGACCAGCAGAACGUCCGUCCCAUCAAGGAGCUGCUGCAGACGUUCUACGUCUCGAUUUGUGGUCACGUUCAGGACAUGGGCAAGUCUGUCCUGGUGGGGAACAUCAACACCUGGCUGUACCGCAUGGAGAACAUCCUGCAGUGGAAACAGCAGCUGGACAACAUCCAGAUCAAAAAGCCCACGUCGACGGGCAUGACUCUGACCGAACUGCCUGCCAGUCUGCAUUUGAACAUCAUGCAGCGUCUGUCGGACGGCAGGGACGUGGUCAGCCUGGGCCAGGUGUGCCCCUCGCUGGGGGUUCUCGCUGAGGACCGGCUGCUGUGGAAGAGGCUCUGCCAUUACCACUUCACAGACAGACAGAUCCGAAAGCGCCUGAUGGUGUCAGACAAAGGUCACCUGGAGUGGAAGAAGAUGUACUCCAAGCUGAGCCGCUGCUAUCCUCACCGAGAGGAAUACAGCGACACCCUGCACUUCUGCACACACUGCCACAUCCUUUUCUGGAAGGACACAAACCAUCCCUGCACAGCAAACAACCCAGAAAGUUGCACCAUGUCCCUCUCCCCUCAAGGCUUCAUCAACCUUUUCAACUUCUGAUCCCUCUCCAGCACCCAAAAUCCAGAUGAACUGACUGUACAUACUGUACAUAGACACAUGCAAUAUUGUUUUUUUUUGUUUUGUUAAUGGCACAAUAAAUUCCUGGAUGUGUAUUUAGUUGAAGGUGUGACUUGAGGGGGGGGGGGGGGGGGGGGGGGAUUAUGCAAUGGAGAUUCUUUUGAACCUCCGGGAGGGUUCCUAGUAGAGAGCGAGUGAAUGUGACGGAGAGGAGAGGACAAAGGGAACACUCGGCUGUCAGAGUUAAGUCUUAGUUUAAUGUGAUUGUUUGAACUUUUACUCCAACGCCCCUCUUGACGUGUGCAUUUGUUUUUAUUAUAUUUUGUUUUGGAGGUUUCAACGUUUUUAUUUUUUUCCAAACACAGGAAGUAGGAAUAUUAUUCAAACCCUGUUUUUUUGUUGAUUUGUUUAGAAUCUAUUACAAGGCCUGCUCACAUGGGCGGGGGCGGGGGGGGGGGGGGGGGGCUGCAAUGUGUGUGUGUGUGUGUGACGCUCGACUAUAGUUUACAAUAGUAUUGUUGGGCACUGGGAUGGAGAGGUGUAAAUCUUUGAGUUGUGAGACAAGCAGGGGUGUCUGUAAUUAAUCGUUAGACUGAGGGAUGAUUCUAUGAUAAUGUUGACACGUCACCAUUUUUUUUUUAUUCUUCUUUGCUGUUUUUCACUUUUAUAAAGAUUUGAUAUAACUUUUUUUUUUUUUUUUUCAUUCAUUCUUAAUUGUGUAUUCAUGUUCUGCUGUGGCUGCUAUAGCAACCGUACCUGUGUGCAAUAUUACCAAAAGCUUGUAAUCUAUGCAAAGUAACGAUGUCGUGUGCCUUAUCACGAAACUUGAAACCGGUAGUUUGAUCCUUGUUUGGAGUGUUUUCAGAUCCUGAUGCUUUUUUGUCGUCAGCGAACGUCUCAUUUACAGAGAAGAGUGGUAUUUUUAAGACUCUGAAACAUCUUAUUUUUCUGUAGCCUCCUGCAUGACUUUUAAAACACCCAGCUGAUUGGUGUUUAUUUAUUUAUUGAGAUUCUAGCAAGGAAUGGGGAAUAUUGGUAUUACGGUGCAAUUUGACCCUAACUUUCCUCUAUCGCUGCUCAGACAGCGAGGAAUGAUGUACAUGCUAUGCAAUGCAUUCUGUUUAUGUUCUGUUGAAUGAAUAAAAGAAAAUAACCU